GACCACUAAACGCGACCUUUGGUACAAUACCUACUUCGCUGUAAACAGAUACCCAAGAAUAACUCUGCCUAAAACAACAUUGGAAAUGCUAACUUAAUACCUUUUAAUAUCCAUCUCAUCUCACCCUGAGACGUUUAUUUACAAACAAAGCAAUGUAAUCGCUUUUGACGGGGACCAGAUUGGGACCGAAUCUUUCGUUAGCUUUUAUGUUGGUAUCCGGAACACUCUGGUAGUUAACUCUUUCUGUGUGCUUCGGUCAAGCAUCUGAAGCAUUUGAGGCUAUCAAGGAACUCGAGAACAUCCAUCCCAACUAUUUGAUAUCGUAGCUUGGUCAAUAUGCCCGACCUCAACUCAGUUCCACCUUCUCCCCACAUCCUUGCGGCUUCUAGACAAGCCUCUUCCAAUCAUAAUUGGCAAUCACAAACCUCAGCACCUCCAGCACCUUUGUCACCUUCUCUAAAUAUCCUGCCUUCGAAUCAGCAGACCGUCAACCGGACAUCCUCUAUUCCCCUCCCAUCGCCACCACUAGCGGGAGCUCAUACGAUGUCUGCUUCGCAUUCUAUCCCCGGACAGGAUAACACCGGCGUCGGUGCUGGACCAGGUCCUUUGCGACACCCGCGACCCCUGACGGCUGCUGAACUUCAUUCACAGCUGGAACAGGAGCAAGAGCUCUUGGUGAACCGUUUAAGCCGCGAUUUGGUUAUGCUCCGAGCUGCGCAGAACUCAUCGGUAGCCUCUAAUGCUUCGUCCACGAGCGCGUCGACAUCUGCUGAUCAGACCCACCCUUCUUCUUUCACCGACACCCACCUACUAUCUGGUCCGGGAUUUCCCCUCCCAACGACGAGCGCAGAUCGCCGUCAUCACCGGACAAGCUCGAGUGCUAGUGCCCGUAGUCUAAACCAGUCUGUUGCUGCUAGCCAAGGAUCAUUGCCCGCCCCGAUACCUAUACCUCAGCCUCACUCCGGGAGUGCUGCUUCAGUCCUAGAAGCAGCUCGAUAUCCUCGAGCAGCUCCAGGAAUGAGCCGGCAGAAUAGUACCGCUUCUCAACGAAGCCGGAGCCGAAACCAUUCACCCCAUCCGUAUCAUACUAGCACUAGCCUAAGUUCUUCGUACACCCAAUCACAUGGCGUCUUGCAUGACUACGGAUCCGGUUACUUCCCUCGAGGCUACGCGUCUUCUAACACAAGCGUGCCUGCCACACCAGGCUCGGAGCUUUCUCCAGGACUCUUACCGGCCACUUUACGCUACGAGGAGACAGCUCACUAUCGGCAGGAGUUGGAGUCAGCUAAACGCGAGAACGAGACUCUCAAGCGACGGAUUAAGGAGCUAGAACGGGCUCUGCGAGACCGCCGCCAGAGCGAUGCCAGCCGCACUAGCGGAAGAGACCGAAGCGGGAGCACCAGCACUACGGCCAGCGUUAGCGUUAGCGGCGCGACUGGCAUCGGGGGCGUCAUCGGAGGCGGCACAACCAUAGCCGGGGACCGUCGAGGAGAGCGCAGAGCUAUCGAGCGAGGUGUUAGUAAUUUGAGCAUUUCCGGGAGCAUCGGAGCUGGCGUCCCCGAAGAUGAGGUCAAGGUGGGCGAGAGCGCUGCAAGCGCUGGUUUACCGGUAGUAGCGGGGGACCAGAGCCGGGAGGCAAAGUAGCAAACAUGUACCUAAGAUAGUUUAUUAUUAUUAUUACCUUCCAAUACUGCCUUUGUCUUUUGUUCCUUAAUGUUGGUGAGAAAUACUAAUGUUUAGUAUGUUGAAACUGAGAUGUGAUAUAGUUGUUUCAAGGUAGCAAGUCCUUUUCUACCUUGAUACUUGAACCAAAGCUUAGAGGAUUAGAUAGAUUAUCCCUAUAAAAUUAAGUCAACUUGUAACACAUACUAUCUUAUACUAUCCUAUUUACCUAACCUAAGGUAGGUAGAUAGGUAGAUGAGUAUGUGCCCUGAGCUAGCUGGUAGCGAGAUACUAAAACCACCUAACGGGAAUUAAAUGUUGACUUACGUCUUCAAAGCCAAAGAUCUCACAAUAUCCCAAGGCAAAUAGAGACUAGAGCUUCUCCCCUUUUAUCGUUUUAGCCUCGAUGGCGCAAUCGGGCUAAAUAGUCAUUUCACCGAGACUAUGCCGUAUAUAGAGGAAAGAAAUUCUAAUGAAUUUACUA